UGAUUGAUUGAUUGAUUGAUUGAUUGAUUGAUUGAUUGAUUGAUUGAUUAGUCUUAGCUUAUUUUAUCCUAUGUUUAAGAAUAGUACUAAGUCAAUUUGUGAAGGUAAAACAACAGUCAGUAGCUAAACUUGAAACUUGACACUUACUAUGUUUGCCAAAUGGCCAAUUUAACAGUUUUUAACCACUGCAUUGGGGACAACUUCACAUUUCGGUUAAUGUCUCUUAAAUUGGGGUUCCCAUACAAGAGACACACGUAUUUGGUCCCAAAAGUGUUCCCUGGUAAGAAUUCUACAGUGCAAAUAAAAUCAAUAGAUUACGGAUUCACAAGUUAACCUGUAAUUCACAGUAUAAUGAAACGCACACUAAACACAUAAGACAAAUUAUAAACGUUGUUCACUUAUAUAAUACAGUAAACAUAUAACGUCCUUGAACGUUUUCUUGUUGACAGCAACAAUAAUGUCUAAUGCAACAGCAAUCGUAAAGUAGCCCCGUGAUUGCGAUCGAGUAAGUGUUAGGGACUCGAACCAGGGUAAGUUGGUAGCACACAUUAGCGAGCACAUGGAACCAGUAUAUAAUUUAAACGUUGAUGAGUGGGUUAUAAUUUAAUUAAAAAGCAAAAAAAAAAAACCCUUUCUGGUACAAAUGCUAAAAGCAUCUUCUAUGUAAAUAUUUUGAUAUAAAGAAAGCCUUCAUUGUAUCUACGAAACCAACUAAUAAUAUUUUACCGAUACAGUUAUGUACCACAAGACGUGUUGGAAAUGAUUCCAAAAUUAUCAGUCUUAUGUUGAGGAAAUUGAAGAAAUGGUCCAAUUUUACUAUCAAUGUUUACACUAGUGUUAUUUGGCUUAAUUUUCAUAAUUAGUUUAUCUUUUUUUUCAAGGGUUUUGAGUCCUGGUAACAUGAUAACUGAUAUAGGGCAAGGUGCCUUUAAUGGUUUGGCAAGUCUUCGGGAGUUGGAUUUGUCUUCAAAACAAAUAACUCAUCUAAAGGAUGGUGCCUUCAAUGGUUUGACAAGCCUCGAAUCGUUGGAUUUGUCUAAUAACAAAAUAUCUGGUGUAACAAAAGGUGCAUUCAUUGAUCUAAAAAGACUUCUAAAAUUGUAUUUGAAUGAUAACAAAAUAACAAGUCUGAAAAAGGGUGCCUUCAGUGGUUUGACAAGUCUUCAAAAGUUAGACUUGCAAGUCAACGAGUUAAAGACCUACGAUCCUGAUACGUUUAAUGGACUUAUUUCCCUUACAACUUUAUAUUCGGAUGAGUUUAGUAUCUGCUGCAUUAUGAAACGUGUUCCCGACUGCCGUCCGGCUACUGAUCAGUUUUCCUCUUGUAAAGAUCUCUUGAAGAGGGAAGCGUUGCGGAUCCUGAUGAUGAUUCUUGGAAUUACUGCCCUCAUCGGCAACUUAGCUGUUAUUAUACUGCGAUUGCUGGAAAAUGACUUUAAUGUCCAAUCCAUACUCAUAACUAAUCUUGCAGUAUCUGACUUGUUGAUGGCGGUUUACAUGAUAAUCAUAGCAGGAGUUGAUCUUCGCUACAGGGGUGUGUACGCAACGUUUGCAGAGGCUUGGAAAACCAGUUUCCUUUGCAGUUUCGCCGGGUCUAUCUCCACAUUAUCCAGCGAAUGCUCGGUAUUUAUGUUGAUGCUUAUGAGUUUUGACCGUGCAGUUACCAUAGCUAACCCGUUCAGCAACAUCCGACUCAAUCGUAAAAGAUGCAUUAAGAUUAUCGGUGUAGCCUGGCUGGUCAUUAUUUUUAUCAGUUUCCUCCCGAUGUUCAAUCAUCUAAGCUUCAUCAACAUACCGUAUUUCGGAAGUAACUACUAUGGACGUCAAAGUGUGUGCCUGGCUCUACCGCUAGCAAGAGACCGAUUACCAGGCUGGGAAUAUGCCAUAGCGAUUUUUAUCGCCUUUAACCUCUUUGGAUUCGUCGUCAUCGCCGUGAGUUAUAUCUCAAUUUACAUCUCCGUAAAGAGAACAGCAUCGAGGGUUAAUAGAAGUCAGAGGCGCGCAGAGGAGGUUAAGAUGGCAACCAAGAUGGCAAUGAUCGUACUAACCGAUUUCUGUUGCUGGUUUCCAAUUAUCUUGAUGGGGAUUGGAUCCGAGGUUGGUGCCUGGAAGCUCCCAGCCGACAUAUACGCCUGGUCAGCUACCUUUAUUUUGCCUAUUAACUCCUCUCUUAACCCAUAUCUUUAUACAAUCGCUUAUAAGUGUGACUUUAAGAAAAAGUCACCGAAACAGGUGGCGAUAGAAAUGCGUUCAGUCCAGCCCAGACCUUCGCCACCGUAGAACAGUUGUCGUCCUGUCUUUUGCCACCUGGCGCGCCAUGGUACAUUUUCACUUCUCACUUUUUACCAAGCUUUUUAUGACUUUUUCAAAGGUGCUAACAUGUAUCCUUCUUUUUGAUCCUGCAUCCAACAAUUCAAAUCCAACAAAUAAUUCGAAUCAAGAUUGCCGUUAACACUAUUAAAUUAUAUAUAAAUCAUCAAAGAAAGGUAACUACAGUGUUCGAGUAAAGGACAUAAUAAUACAUCGUGUAGCAUAGCUACAAUACAAUACAAUACAAUUCAAUUCAAUAUACUUUAUUCGCAACUAGAAACAGUUGAACUGCACAUGCAUAAACAAAAUUUAAAAAUUGCCUUAAAAGUUAAAAAAUAUCAAAACGGAGACAGUAGUACAGUAAAAACAAAAAAAAAAACAUAAAAGGUACACAAAGCACAAAACAAGAAACAAAAGAGAGUACCAUCAUUAUCGCUGAGCCACUGCACAUUGUAUUCUGUCGUGAUAUCGGCGCCCUAUUUAAAUUCAUGUUGAUUGAUUGAUUGAUUGAUUGAUUAUUCUUAGCUUAUUUAUUCUAUGUUUAGGAAUAUUACCAAGUCAAUUUGUGAAAGUAAAACAACAGUCAUUAGCUAUACUGCACUACCCAGUUUGAUAUUCCUAUAGAUUAGGACAUUUAUUCAUCACGUCAUUUAAUGGCCUAGCAGAUUAAUAAUUAAAAUAAGAAUUACGGUUUAAUUAUAAAGUAAUGGUGAAUUAUAUAGUGUUGUUGUAUUUACUCUGUAGUAGGUGUGUUGUAUUAGUUAUGCUGUUCAGGACGACCACAAACGUGAGUGUCGUACGGCUUCAACCACAUGAUGCGGCGUAGGCCUACCUUACAUUACAUAAGGCCUACACAUGAUUCUGUGACGUUUUCGCCGUUUCGCUCCGGGUUACGGAAGAGUAUUAGACGAGUAGAUUGAUGCACACUGUACAAUAAUAUCGUGUAUCGUGUUCAAUGUUUAAGCUCAGUCCGAUUGGUACAGUAUCGAUAGAACUACUUUUAGUAGAAUAAUAUUGCACUGUAUAGGCAUAUAAUAGCGGUUAUAUUAUUUUAACACAAGUAUAAUAUUGUCUUAAGUGAACUUAAGUGAUUCAAUAUUAUCUUGCUAAUAUAACUCUAUACGGUCCCUGUAUCAAUGUCAUCGUAAUACAGUGCCUUAAUGUUACCAUUUUACAUUUCCACUAUAUUGUAUUUUAUUUAGAUACUGUGAAAUAGAUAUUACUUAGGCAUUAGCCUUCUGUUUUAUGUAUAACGAGACACUGGAAUCAUACAAUACAUACUGCACUCUAUUUAAGAAUCUUGCGCACCGUUUACUUAUUUGUUAUUUAUUUGUUUUUAACAAUCUUAGCUGACGUAUCAAUUUCUCUAGGAGUGAACUGGCAUUAAUUUAUAUUAAACAAGAAACAGGUUACUUAUAGGCACUCGAGAUAAGUGUACGGUUUAUUUUAUUAUUAUUAGCAUUAUUAUUAUUAUUAUUAUUAUUAUUAUUAUUAUCAUUAUUAUUAUUAUUAUUAUUAUUAUAUUGUUGUUGUUUUCUUGAGGUUUAGUUAAUUUUUAAUAGCUUAAGUUUCAGUAAUUGUAACGUUUAACAGGACCAUGAAAAUAGGUUUUAAAAUACUUGAUGUGUUAUCCAGUUUAAAUUUCUUCGGAAAAAAAAAAUAAUAUGAGUGCAUCGACUGUAAGGAAAGUGGGGUCAUUUCUGCGUAGCCAUCGCAGACAAAGCCAAAACGAGAGGUUUUAUACUUUAAUAGGCACUCGAGAUAGGUGUACGGUUUAUAUCAUUGUUUUGUCAACGUUUUAUAUAUAAUCUAUUUAUAAUCAUUGUAGUUUAAGUUUCCGUAAGUUGAACGUUUAACAGGACUAUGUAAAACAGGUUUAAGAUCUACCUGAUAUGUUUUAUACUGUUUAAAUUGUUGUUUGAAAGUUGAAAAAAGGUACUUGUAAUUUGAGUGAAUAACCUCCGCCAGUCUAACGACUGUGAGCAGAGUGGGUCAUAUUUACGAGGCCAUCAUGCGGACUAUAAGCCAAUACGAGAAACACCUGAUAUAUUUUAUCCUGUUUAAAUUUGUUUUCUCUGUGCAUAACCUUGGCCAGUCAAACGAUUGUGAGGAGAGUGGGUCAUUUUUACGAGGCCAUCAUGCGGACAAAGCCAAUACGAGAAACAGGUUGUACUUAUACGUACUCCAGAUAAGUGUGGUUUAUAUAUAAUUGUUUUGUUUUGACGUUUAAUGAUAUAACAUAUUUAUAUUGUAGUUUAAGUUCCUGCAAUUUGAACGUUUAACAGGACCGUGUAAAACAGGUUUAAGAUCCACCUGAUAUAUUUUAUCCUGUUUAAAUUUGUUUUCUCUGUGCAUUGGCCGGUCAAACGAUUGUGAGGAGAGUGGGUCAUUUUUACGUGGACAUCAUGCAGACCAGCCAACACGAGAAACAGGUUUUACUUAUACGCACUCGAGAUAAGUCUACAGUUUAUAUAGUAUUAUCAUUGUUUUAUCGGCGUUUUAUAUAAUCUAUUUUUAUGUCGCUUACCGUAAAUGAUCGAAUAGUAUCUCUUUUGAAUAAACGGUGGCUUAUUAAUUAUUAAGGCAUGUUUAUGCCAUUAACAGUGAGGAUUUCCAAUUACGUUUUUCCAAUUUUAGAUGAGUUUUCUACUAUAUUAUAAAAUAUUUUUUUAAAUAGAGAAAAAAGAAACAAGAUGUUUCGUAAAUUAUCAUUGAAACCCAAUGUGGUUUUUCUCACGGAAAUAUUAUUACUUACAUUGCAGAAAACAUAGUGUUACUAUUUAGAAGUUGUAGGCCUAAUACAGUGUAAUAAGACGCCUCUCUAAAAAAUAAGGACCUCGAAAAAGAAACAAAAAUUAUAAUAUAAGCGCCGUCUGGUGCGUGUUUGGUCAUUUUCGGUAUGUAACUUUGUUGUUUAAUUGGUAAAUGUAAACACACAUACGCAUUUAUUUAGCACAGGGGUGGCGUUAGUGAAGAGAGUCGGGAUAAGGGGCCUUCCCGUCUGGUGAGCUGCUCUUCCCCUUUGGGAGAGAAAACACAAUUGGUCGAGAAGAAAUAUAUAUAUAUAUAUAUAUAUAUAUAUAUAUAUAUAUAUAUAUAUAGUAUCUGACAACGCCCACUUACGCUAUCAUCGGAGAUUUUGGUCCUCCGUCGUGGAUAUCGAACCCACUUGUGAAAAUACUGGCACCACCCCUGAUUCAGCACGUUAAAAAAUAUCAACGCAACUAAGAGCCCACUACAAGAAUGGCUUUAUUUAUGAUGUCUGUUUUACUGAUGUGUAAGCUAAAGGAGAAUAAAUCGUUGAAUUUAUACUCAAAUAUCACACUAUGAAUGUUAUGUAGUUUUGGGGGAAAAAUGAAAGAUCGAAAUUAAAUAUAG